AUGUGCUUGGUGCAAUGCAGAAUGAAUAUGCUGUUUGUCUUCUCCUCUUUGGAUGGGCAGUGGCGUUCUCUUGCAUUUUACCAAUGGAGUGCUCCUCGGGCUGCGUUUGAUCGGCCGCCAGCUGAGGAUGGGCUGUUUGAUCGUCAGUUUGUCCACGGAUGCUUCUGUUGGCGUUUGCUCUUCCUGAACAAGUUGGUUCUGCUUGAUCCACGCACCAUGGACUUCUCUGCUGUCGACCUUCCACCUGAACUAGGAUGGAGUAGCAGUUUUGUCAUUGUCGAGGCGCCACAAGGAAUGCUCGGAAUGCUCAGUAAAGUCCAAGACCAGGACAGCGAAGAUGACACAUAUUUGAUGAAGUAUUCUUCUCUGAGGAAUAACCAAUGGCACUUGGAGAAGUUCAUCCCGUUGCCGGUAAAGGCUACUCUGGUUGGUGUAGGCGGGGGAUACCUGCUCAUGGUAGCGCUGCACACCACAUCUUCACAUGAGAAGCUCAAGUUUGAAUUACUUUCCGUGGACGUCAAGACAUUGCAGAUCGAGUUGUUCGCGGAGCUUACUGAAGCCCCCUUACCUGAUCGACUAUAUGUUGGUUUUCCACCAUCAUUGUCUGUGCCAACUAUAUGA